CCCUGAUAAUGCUGAUCCGUGAGAGCAAGAAGCUGCACAAAUAUGUGAGAAAUCUUAAUUACACCGACCCAACCGGAGGCAAGAUCUACUUUAAUGAGAGAAGAGAAGUUCCAACUGAUCUCAGGUUACACAUGUGGCUUUUUAUAAAAGAUUAUUUUUAUGCCCAUCGUUUCAGAAUUUGCAAGAUUCUAAGCCCAGACUUUGUGCCUCAAACAUUUCCCAAUAUGAGUGAUCCCUUCUACUGGAAAAAAGGCAAACCUCCGGUAUCUCGAUGUUCAGAUCCCUGUAUACCCGGCAGCAGAAAAAAGUUUGGAUCUUCAAUUCACAAAUGCUGCUAUGAGUGCGUCUCGUGUCCAGAAGGAGAAAUCUCCAACAUUUCCGGUAGACAAAGACCGAUCAACAUUUUGAACUUUGGCCAAAUCACUAUCGACCUCUACCUGAUUGUAUCACUUUUCUAUGAACCUCUCUCGCAAGAUGUCAGCCUGGAUCUUGAAAGUAUCGAUAUCACUACAAUUCCUGCUAAAUCACAGGAAUUGACUUUUAGGAACUGA